UUCCGGGACGACCUCAUGUUCUCAUUCACUCACUCGCUCACUCGCUCUCUCUAGUCAUGUGACGCUGCUGAAGAAUUCUUUUUCCUACUCAGACUUACUUUCAUUUUGCUCGCCACAGAUUUCAGAGCAAGAGCCUGCGGUCUUUAAUCGAGCAAACGACUUCGAACAAACGGGAAAUAAUGUCUUGCCUUUCCAUAUUUUUGGCUUUUCUCUCUCUGUCUGGCUUUUUGGGCAAGUUCUACAUGUUUGCCAAUUGUGACGGAAACUGUGCCGACAAGCCUGUAUUCAGUCCGCCCCGAUUGUUCGUCGAGUUUGGCAGCUCGGCAUCUGCCACCUGCUACGUUUGCCGGCAUGCUUGCCUAAAUAAACAUUCUAGUUUGGAAAAAUCCAUUGGCAGGAAGGAACAAAACGGGACCACGAUUUUAUGGACGGUGGACAAAAUGGAUAGGUGGCCAACGAACCCCUUGUGUUACUACAACAUCGGCAACAAAUCCCAGUGUUCCAGCGUCCUGCACCUCACCGUAUACCAGUCUCCUACAAAGGUAGAGUUGUCAUUUCGCUCCAAAAACGAGACGAUGGUUGAGGGUCAGCAAUACACAGCGGAAUGCUAUGUGGAGAAAGUUGCCCCGGUCAAACUCCUUACCGUGACCAUCUAUCAAGGGUCAAAUGUGCUGAGACAGCACCACCUACAGAAAAACACAGAGAAGAAACCGACCAACAUUACAGUCACAGCCGACUUUAAUGCCACUAAAGAGAUGGAUAGAGCCAAUUUUUGGUGUGCCGGCCAGCUCGAUGUGGAACCUAGGAAGAAGACUACAAAAUCAGAUUUCGUGACCCCAACUGUUUUCUAUAAGCCUCAAUUCAACGGAACGUCAAGUGGAACAAUCACCCUGACUGUAGGAGAUCCCCUUCAUCUCAACUGUUCCGCCGAGGGUAACCCGACACCCUCGGUUACGUGGAACAUCUCAUCGACGGCCAUUACAACUUUCGAAGGCGACGUCCUCUCAGUGGACUCGGUCACCACCGAACACACGGGACAGUACAUCUGUUCCGCUAACAACACGGUGGGAAGGACCAUUGCCGAGUUUAAUGUGGAUAUUCAGGUCAACUACAAGAUUAUCAUUAUAGCCGCGGUAGCAGCAUUUGCCGCUGUCGUGACCCUCGGUGUCGUUAUCGUGUCCAUCCAUUACUACAAACUAAACCGGACUGGAAUGUACAACCUGAAGGACGUGUUUCGUUCACGCACCCAACACAUUGCCUUGCCUGACAGAGAGUUGUAAGGCUGAGGUAUGAAAGGAGUAUGAAGGGUUUGUUACGAAUGACCUGACUUGGGACUUUUCCAAAUACGAGUCACUUUCUUUUGCUUUGACUUGAGAGCAAAAAAAUGAGAUAUUGGCUCUGUUCGGUGGCAGUGAACUCAUCUCUCGUUCCAACAAGAAGGAGUUCAAUGGACAAUGUUUUUUUUUUUUUUUUUUUUGGAUAAUAAGAGUCUCUAAGCAGUUUGAUGACAGUUGAAGUCAGGGGCGCUGGAAGUCACUCACAGCAGGGGGUGCUGAGGAUCUUUUUGAUUGUUUCCUAUCCAAAAACAGCCAUUUCGGUCCAUAUUUGUCAUGCUUGUGCAUUUUCUCCAUACAAGGCUUGCACAAUGGCAGUACACACGUAUGCUGGAUCGUUUACGUACUACCACUAGGCACUACCACAAAGACAGCGUUCUAUUUUACCUACAGUGUGUGUUGGAGUUUUUGUAUUGGAAAUGGAAGCGUCCGUGUAUAAUCACGCAGAUCAGUGCAGCUAGACGGCGCAAUGACACACGAACACAUUUGAAAAACUAAAAGGUCCAAUAAUCCUCAGUUUAACACUCCCUAAAAUAAAUUGCAUACAAAUAUCCAACAGCAACAACAAACAAUAAAGUGGUACCUCGACAUACGACCGCUUGGACACACGAUAUUUUCCACAUCCGACGUAAAAUUUGACCUGCCAUUUGUUUCUACAUCUGACGAAAUCCUUGAAAUACCACGACUCAAGACAGCGUUGCAAUUUCAUUGUUUUCACGCAAGAUGGACGCGCGGCGGAUUUUCUUGUGAGAGAAAUCAACAUGGGUUCCAACAAUGUUAAAGCAGAUGGUAAAAAAAGAAAAAAGGUGAGGCUUGCCAUUGAAAUGAAGAUGGAAAUGAUAGAAAAAUAUAAGCCUGGGGUGCACGUCCCUGAACUGCUUGACAAUACUCCUCCGACCUCCGUUCGCCAGUCUUUACAAGUUAAGGUGACAAUUAUUAUUGUGGUACCAUUGCCAAAGAGAUAGCCAGCUUCGUCAGGUUUUUAAUCAUUUAUUUCAGAACUUGUGCAAAACAACACGCCAACUGUCCGCCGCCAGCAACAACAGGACGUUAAAAGAGAAAGUAAUAUCUCAACUGCACUCUCUCUGUUACGUCACCCACGCGGCGCGUUCAGGUACAUCACGCAAAUACAUCCGCCACAUUAGAACCCAAUUUGUCACAGUAUUACAGGUAUUAACAAUAUUAUUACUAGAGAUGUCCCGCUCGAUGCCGAUCGAUCGGGUCCGAUCACGUCAUUUUCAAAGUAUCGGAAUCGUCAAAAAAAUAUCGGACAUGCCUUUUUUAAUAUACAUACCAGAGGUUGCGCUAGACUUUUUCGUUGUCCGUCAUUUUGACUGACAGGGUCAUAAAAAUCCGGUCAUAAUCUAUUUUUACCCGUCACUUAAAUUUUUAAAAUGACUAUAUCUUGAUGCAGUCACUAUAUGUAUAUAUACAAUAAUACAAUAAUACUUUAUAAUAUAAAGUAACUAACAUUAGUGCAGUCAUGGAUUACAGUAAGCAGGCCAGUACUGUGUUUGCAUAUAUAUUUUUAUUAUAUUAUGUAUAUACAGGAUAUAUAUUAUAUUAUGUAUAUACAGGAUAUAUAUAUAUAUAUAUAUAUAUACAUAUAUACAUAUAUAUAUAUAUUCCCCCCCGAGUGGGACCUUCCAUGAUCCUAAUACAUUUAAUAAUAAUAAAAUAUCAUAUAAUUCCAUCAUAUAUAUUUUUUUAAAUUCAUUAUUAAAUAAAAAUGCACGUUGAUACGACACACAUAAAGGCAACUUCCAAUUUUUAAAAAAAAUCGCUAGAAAGUUGUAUGGACUUACAAUCCGCUUAGCCUGGUACACCAGACUCAACGCUGUUCCAGCUAUUGAGUCUGGCCACCAUUCCCACGGAAACAAUUUCCAGGGCGGAGCAAGCCACAGCAAACAGACAGCGGAGUGGACCAAUCAGCGACGGGCAGACGUGACGUUAGUAAAAUGCGACCGCAGGACGAUGGACUUGCGCGCGGAAGUAAACAUACGAAGAGAGCGGAGUUUAUUCGACAUGGCUAGCGCGAGACAGACUGUUGUCAAUGACUCGUGUCGAUGUGUUUUUGGUCAUUUAAAACUGAUUUGACCGUGGAUUGGAACAUAUUCUCGGCUCUGCCGUUCACCAUCUGUGCUGCUGAAGAGACGACUUUCGACGCGCAAGAGUGACGUUGCUCGUGAGGAACACGUCACGCAAAUAAACGAAUCUGAUUUGUCGAUUGAUUUUGUACCUGCUCGAAAAGGCCGUUAAUGGGAUGGUUUCCAGACUAUACUAUCAGUGUUUGAAAAAUACAGGGAGAAUAGUCUGGCAGAGCCAGGCUAACAAUCCGCUAGCUUGUUGUUUCCUGUUGUCUUCCGAAAUACACCUGGGUGACGGCGCGUUAAGUGUUCGUUCAUAGCCGACGUGCUACCGUGGUAUGCGAGCUCAGCUUAGCAAAAAGAGAACACAUAGUGGUGGCACCCUCCAUAUUUUCCUUGAAAUAAUUUCAGGCUCUGGCUAGUCUGGUCCGCUUUUUUGGCUUUAUGCCGCUUUCACCGUGUUACCAAUUCUGCCCUUCUUGGUAAUUGGCGGCGUUUUCAACUGCUCGCCGCAGUGAGGAGUGAACCGGCGAUUCACUUGAUUCGUUGUCAUCCUUCACUCCAUCAGUCCCUCUUUUUUCACCUCUUUUAUCAACACCAUCGUCGUUUUGGGGCUUUUUGAAGAAACUUCGGACACUGAGUUGCCUUGACAUUUUUCCGAGUAAGGCCAACGACGUCAUGCAUUAAGAGAGACAAUAGCUAAUUAAUAUGCUCACUCGCCACCCUGUGGUCUGGGGUGUGAAGUGCAACCUGUCAAAAUGACAGAUGGACUUCAGUUUUUUCCAUCACCGUUGUAAAAAACCGGUCAACGACGGAAAAUAUUCGGUUAACGCGACCCCUGAUAUAUACAGUAUAUUUUUUUAUUAAAUCGUUUUCUAAUUGUAUUUAACGUUGCAGACAAAAUGUCUUACACUCAUCCAGAGUCUUUAGUUUUGGCUUAAACUAGGGCUAUCAUGUCGCGUUCAGUCUAUAAUGGCACCGUUCUACAUAUACAUAGAGUUAAAAGGCAACGUUAAAUGAGUAGAGAGAAUUUUGGCACCCUUUGAAGCUUUUUUUUAAUUGGCUAAAGCCUUACAAUCCCUCUCUCAACAAAUAGAAAUGUCGUUGGAAGCAAUGUGGGGAAGAAAGGUAGUAGUUGAUCUUUUUCUUAACACCCUAUUUUAUUUCCCAACGCAGAUAUAUCAAUUGGUACAACUACACACAGUCAUGGUUGCACUUCCCAUCAUGCAUUUGGGCAGAAGUUAAAUGGCUGCAGUAUCAUUUACUGAAAGCUCAACAAAUACACUAGAUGGCAAUAUUUAGUCACAAUAUACAAGCUCACAUUUAUCCUUUAAGAAUUACAAGUCUUUCGAUCCGUGGAUCCCUCUCACAGAAAGAAUGUUAAUAAUGUAAAUGCCAUCUUGAGGAUUUAUUGUCAUAAUAAACAAAUAGAGUACUUAUGUACUGUAUGUUGAAUGUAUAUAUUCGUCGAGUUUUAUUCAUUUUUUUCUUAAUGCAUUGCCAAAAUAUAUAUGAUCGGGAAAAAUUAUCGGGAAUGAUUGGAACUGAAUCGGGAGCAAAAAAAAAAAGCAAUCGGAUCGGGAAAUGUCGGGAUCAGCAGAUGCUCAAACUAAAACGAUCGGGAUCGGAUCGGGAGCAAAAAAACAUGAUCGGAACAACCCUAAUUAUUACUAUUAUUAUAUCAUUAUUCCCAUGUUAUUUAUAAUUUAUUCGUUUUGCUCUUUGUAACUGCUAUUUGCAAUAGUAACAGCAGUAUCUAUUUAGGGAUUUAGUGUAGGUUUUCGGGCUGUGGAACGAAUUCAUGGAAUUAUAAUGUAUUCUUAUGGGAAUAUCCUGCUGGACAUACUACCAUUUCGACUUACAAACAAGGUCCUGGAACUAAUUAAUCUGUAUGUAGAGGUACCACUGUAAGGCUACAAUACCAGCAGGUCUUACCUUUCUGAAGACACCAAAGGGAAACAGAACUAUCAUCAUAAUCAUCUUCAUUUUCAACCUCGAAU